ACCUGGCGGCGCGUGGCGGAAGUGAGGGCGCGUCAUCGGCGGGCGCCGGGCGGGAGCGGGACGCGGUGCCGCCGCCAUGGCCGGGAUCCUCUUCGAGGACAUCUUCGACGUGAAGGACAUCGACCCCGAGGGCAAGAAGUUCGACCGCGUGUCCCGCCUGCACUGUGAGAGUGAAUCCUUCAAGAUGGACCUCAUCCUGGACGUGAACAUCCAGAUCUACCCUGUGGACCUCGGGGACAAAUUCCGCCUGGUCAUCGCCAGCACCUUGUAUGAAGAUGGCACCCUGGAUGAUGGCGAGUAUAACCCCACAGACGACAGACCAUCCAGGGCAGACCAGUUCGAGUACGUGAUGUACGGCAAGGUGUACAGGAUCGAAGGGGAUGAGACUUCCACGGAGGCAGCCACGCGCCUCUCUGCUUACGUGUCCUACGGGGGGCUGCUCAUGCGGCUGCAAGGAGAUGCAAACAAUCUGCACGGGUUUGAAGUGGACUCUCGAGUUUACCUGCUGAUGAAGAAGCUGGCCUUCUAGGAGACUUCCUGCCUCCAUGGACCGCCCCAGAGAUGUUCUGCUGGCGAGUAAACAGGAGCCCUGUGACCCCAAGUCCUGCCCCAGCAUCCGUGCUGCCUGGUCUCUCCGGAGCUGGGGAGGAGGGAGCAGUCCCCCUCCUCAUCCCAGCCUCUUCUGACUCCUGCUAGGAUCUGCAGCCCCUUCCUGCAUGGAGAGAGGAGCCUGAUGGCCAAGUGGAGACUGAGCUGGGUGCUCUGCAGUCCUGCCUGCUGCGCAUCUCCUCCACCUCUGCCUUCUGUGCUUCUAAAGAGGGCUCAGCCCCGGCUCUGGCCAGCUGGACUGGGAUGGCCACCCAUCUGCCUCGGGGCUGGGGACCGUCCUGAGGAGCCAUCCUGAGGCAGGCCGGGCUUGUUCUUCAUUAAACUGGGAUGUUUUUUCUA